AUGAGGCUGUUUUUGUUGAUUUUACUUUUAACGGCAUAUUCGCGCGAGGAUGUGUUACAAAUGGAUAGUAGUAACAUUGAAGAAGCAUUAAAGAGGGAGUUGGUCCUUGUAAAUUUCUAUGCCGAUUGGUGCCGAUUUUCACAACAAUUAAAGCCAACCUUUUUGCAAGCAAGCGAUAGACUUAAGGAUAAACCUGAAGUUUUAUUUGCUGCAGUAGAUUGUGAUAAAGAACCAAGUAUUGCUCAUAAAUUUAACGUGAAUAAAUACCCAACGAUUAAACUUUUCCGACAUGGAGAUCUCAUAAAAAAGGAAUACAGAUCUCAACGAUCUGCUGAGGCCAUUGAAGCAUUUAUUCGUAAACAAUUGGAGUCUCCAGUGCAAUUAUUCAAUUCUGAAGAAGAAUUGUCAUCUAGAAUUGAAAGCUCCAAACGCAAUGUAAUUGCCUAUAUUCUCGAUGAUCAAGUACAACCUUUACAUUCAAACUAUUACAAGUCAGCUUCAUCGCUUCGGGAAGAUUGUGGGUUUUGGCUUGGUUCUGGUGAUUGGAUUUUGCAGCGAGAAGACCAAAUGCAUAGAAAUGCAACAAUUUAUUUUCGCGAACCAAAUGUUGUAAUUUUUUGA